GCUUAACUUAACCCAAGGACAGAAUUGGUCACAGCCGAAAAGUAAAGAAAGAAAAAAAACCCACCUCCGAACCAGGCGAUUGCGGCCAGCCAUUGGGUCGGAGCUAACUAGUCUCCCUCCCUCCGACCUUCCUGUCCGAUAUAGGCCUCAGCAGCUGCCGCAUGCUGGCUGGCAAUAUGUUCUCCCUUCGCACCGCCGUGCGGAGAGCUUCCUCCAGCAAGCCCCUCCGCGCCUUCUCCGCACAGCAUGCUGUUUCUUCUGCCAGACUGGGCGGCGCCUCUGCUCGUCAAUCCCUGAAGGCCUCUGCGGUUCCCCUGUUGCAGAGUCGUCACUACUCCCGUGCUACUGACCCCCAGCUUUCCUCCACCCGCUCGACCGUUGUCCAGCUGCUGAGCAACAUCGGUUCCAAGCGCGAGGUGCAGCAGUAUCUCUCUCACUUCACCUCCGUUUCCUCCCAGCAGUUCGCUGUCAUCAAGGUCGGCGGUGCCAUCAUCACCGAACACCUCCAAACUCUUUCCUCCGCCCUUGCGUUCCUGAACCAUGUCGGACUCUACCCGAUCGUCGUCCACGGUGCUGGACCCCAGCUUAACCGUAUGCUGGAGGACGCCGGUGUCGAGCCUCAGUUCGAAGAUGGAAUCCGAGUCACCGAUGGAAAGACAUUGGCUCUGGCCCGGAAGCUGUUCCUGGAGGAGAACCUGAAGUUGAUUGAGGAGUUGGAGCGCAUGGGUGUCCGGGCGCGCCCUCUCAACGCGGGUGUCUUCACCGCUGAUUACCUGGACAAGGACAAGUACAACCUGGUUGGCAAGAUCAAUGGCGUGAACAAGAAGCCAAUUGAGUCUGCCAUUGAGGCUGGCUGCCUUCCCAUUCUUACGUCUAUGGCUGAGACUCCCGAUGGCCAGGUUCUCAACGUCAACGCUGAUGUGGCUGCCGGUGAGUUGGCGCGUGCGCUCCAGCCGCUCAAGAUUGUCUACCUUGCCGAGAAGGGUGGCUUGUUCAACGGCGACACCGGUGAGAAGAUUUCUGUGAUCAACCUCGACGAGGAGUACGAUCACCUGAUGACUCAGUGGUGGGUCCGUCACGGUACCCGCCUGAAGAUCAAGGAGAUGAAGGACCUGCUCAGCGACCUUCCUCGUACCUCCAGCGUGGCCAUCAUCCACCCUGCUGAUCUGCAGAAGGAACUCUUCACCGACUCUGGAGCCGGUACCCUGAUCCGCCGUGGAAACAAGGUCCACGUCAAGACUUCCCUCUCUGAGUUCGAGGAUCUCGAGAAGCUCAAGGAGGUCCUGGUUCGUGACCGCGAGGGCCUGGAUGCCCGCGCCACGGUUGACCGUUACGUCGAGGGCUUGAAGGAGCGUGACUUCAAGGUCUACUAUGAUGAGCCUAUGGAGGCCCUGGCCGUUGUUCUGCCCCCUCAGAAGGACGCUACUUCUUCCCUGGCUCACUUGGCUACCUUCACCAUCACCAAGUCCGGCUGGUUGACCAACGUUGCUGACAACGUCUUUGCUUCCAUCAAGAAGGACUACCCCAAGCUUGUCUGGACCGUCAAGGAGGAUGACGAGAACUUGACCUGGUUCUUUGACAAGGCCGAUGGCAGCCUCAGCCGUGAGGGAGAGGUUCUCUUCUGGUACGGUGUCGAGAGCGGUGAGGAGGUCAAGCAGCUGGUGCAGGAGUUCAACCAGCACGGUCGCCAGAUGUUCGGAGACAUCAACCUCGAGUCGCGGCUGCACCGCGCCGCCCAGGCCGCCACUCACAUUGGCAAGGGUUUUGGUGCUAGCGGCGCUUCUGCUGAGCAGAAGCGUGCCUUCUCCUCUACCAGCAAUGCUCUGCGUGCCGCUCGUUCCGCCCGUCCGAUGGUCCCUGUGCAGACCGUCAGAACCUACGCCACGACGAACCCUAACCCCCCGUUGGGAGAGAAGAACAUGUCCAACACCCGCCCCGCCAAGGUUGCUCUUAUCGGAGCCCGUGGUUACACCGGUCAGGCUUUGAUCAGCCUGCUCAACGCUCACCCUCACAUGGAUCUGCGUCACGUCUCUUCUCGCGAGCUGGUUGGCAAGAAGCUGCAGGGUUACGACAAGCGUGAGAUCAUCUACGAGAACCUCAGCCCCGACGAUGUUAAGCGCAUGUCCUCCAACGGAGACGUCGACUGCUGGGUCAUGGCUCUGCCCAACGGCGUUUGCAAGCCGUUUGUUGAUGCUGUGGACCAGGGUGCCGAGAAGGGCAACGUCAUCGUUGACCUGAGUGCCGACUACCGCUUCGACAGCAACUGGACCUACGGUCUGCCUGAGUUGGUCAGCCGUUCCAAGAUUGCCCAGGCUACCCGUAUCGCCAACCCUGGAUGCUACGCUACUGCCGCUCAGAUCGGAAUUGCUCCCCUUGUGCCCUUCCUCGGUGGCCAGCCCACUGUUUUCGGUGUUUCCGGCUACUCCGGAGCUGGCACUAAGCCCAGCCCCAAGAACGAUGUGGACAACCUCACCAACAACAUCAUCCCCUACAGCUUGACUGAUCACAUUCACGAGAAGGAGAUCAGCGCGCAGCUUGGUACCAGCAUUGCGUUCAUCCCUCACGUUGCUGUCUGGUUCCAGGGAAUUCACCACACUAUCAGCAUCCCCUUGAAGGAGGAGAUGAGCUCCCGCGACAUCCGCAACAUCUACCAGGAUCGUUAUGCUGGUGAGAAGCUCGUGAAGAUCGUUGGCGAGCCUCCUUCCGUCAAGGACAUUGCUGGCCGCCACGGCGUUGAGGUUGGUGGCUUUGCUGUCCACUCCAGCGGCAAGCGGGUCGUCGUGUGUGCUACCAUUGACAACCUGCUCAAGGGUGCUGCCACCCAGUGCCUGCAGAACAUGAACCUUGCCCUUGGCUACGGCGAAUACCAGGGCAUUCCUCUUGACUAGGUGUCUCCUAUAGGUUAGAUACACCUCAUGUACUAUGAUCUGGUCCGGGGUAGGUAUAGAACCCCCUCCCAUACGGGGGCUUUACUUUUUUGGAAUCGAGAAAAUGUCCUUCGUGUUUUAAAGUUCUGGUUUGAUCUUUCUUGCGUGUCUCAUACCCCACGUGCAUCUUUCUGGGUUGCUAUGGGUUGGAGAUAUUUGUAGCAGCAUUUACCUCUUCCUUCAUUUUCCAUAGUCAACUUGAUUUUCUUUCACUUUUUACUUGGUUCUCGGUUUUUUCGUCCUCUAUAGACCCCUGGCUUCUUCGGUUGUUGUUCUGUAUUGCCAUAAUUGUGUUGUCAUAACGGGCACUGAAAAGUACCUUCCUUGUAUAAUGUUCUCUGUGGGUUCAUUGACGUUUCUUGAUACUGGUUUAGUGUAGCAAUAUAGAAAGGGGACAAAAAAUGCUCACACAAUUGGAUGCAGUGAA